GGGGCGAAGCGGGAGGGUUUUAUUGAACUUGGACGAUGAGACGAUGUUUUUUAUUCGUUUAUUUUUUGCAUGAAAAAAUAAAUUUACCUUACGCGACAGCUCGUUCGAACUUUCUCAAGUGUUUAUCAGGCUGGUGUAAUCUUUCGCGAAUGAUAUCGCAAAAAAAAAACAUUACGAGAUUCUUGUCGUACAAACAACGUAGGUGCUGAAAAUAUAAUAUAUAUGAUUUUAUCAAAGCUCUUUACCGGCAUUUUAUCGUAAAACUACGUGAUGUUAUAUUCGUUUGCCGAAACGAUUAGUUAUAUUAUGAUCAUAAGUCAUCCUUAAGAAAAAUAUUGUCAAUCGAGAUCGUUUCUUUUUACAGCAAAAGUAUGUGCACCGCGGCACAAAAGAAGCCACGUCACACAAGUGAAUCAGGAAUGGGGACUUGUAAGAAUUUUGCACUUGGAAUUGCAAAAUUCAUCUUUAUUCAAAUACACUGGCUCAUAGAUUACGUAGUGGAGUUUGCUUUUGGCCUGUACUAUGGCAACAAAGCGCAAAAAGUUCCAUCAGUAAAAAAUAAAUUGUUGCUAGAAAGCACAGUUUCGUUAGCUAAGAAAAUCAGGGAAAAAAACAUAAGCUCUGAAGAAGUUGUAAAGGCUUUUAUUGAGAGAUGCAAGGAAGUUAAUGGAUUACUAAAUGCAGUUGUAGAAGAAAGAUAUAAGGAAGCUAUUAAAGAAGCUCAGGAAGUGGAUAAUAUGCUGAAAGAUGAACAAUUGGACAUUGAACAUUUGGAAAAAAGUAAGCCACUGCUUGGGGUCCCAUUUACUACCAAAGAAAGCAACGAAGUCAAAGACUUGCUUCAUUCAAUGGGUACAUUAAGUAGAAAAGGCCACCGUUCUAGUGAAGAUGCCACAGUGGUCAAGUAUGUAAAAGAAGCUGGUGCAAUUAUCAUUGGUAAAACAAACAUCCCUGAGCUGAAUCAGUGGAUCGAGUCACGAAAUUACAUUUAUGGUCAAACAAACAAUCCAUACAACACAACGAGAACAGUUGGUGGAAGCAGUGGAGGUGAUGCAGCGAUUGUGGCAGCAUGUGGAGUUCCAUUUGCAGUUGGCAGUGACAUAGGUGGAUCUAUUAGAAUACCAGCUGCCUGGAAUGGAGUUUUUGGAAUGAAGCCCAGUGAAGGCAUGACUUCUAUGAAGGGAAUAGGAUUAAGGAAGAAAGAUUACCUAGAAUCAAUGGCAGAAGCUGGUCCAUUGUGUAAAAAAGCUGAAGACUUGGAGAUGUUGGUCAAAAUUUUUUCAGGGCCACUCCUCAAAGCCCCCAUAAAUACUCAAAUUGACUUGAAAAAAUUGCAUAUCUUCUACCAAGAGAGUUCAGGUGAUUUGAGAGCCAGUCAACUUAGCUUUGCAGCUCACAAUGCUGUAAUUAAAGCAGCUAAACAUUUUGAACAACUCACUGGAUCAGCAACAAAGAUAACAUUACCAGGAUCAGAGUACAGUUUCCGUUUAUGGCGUUAUUGGAUGACUCAAGAAGAUGCUGACUUCACAGCAGAUUUAACCAACAACAAAGGACACACAAGUGCUAUUGCUGAAAUUUGUAAAGCAUUGCAAGGCAAUAGGGAAGUGACUCUAGCAGCUCUGUUGAAAUUAAUAGAUCACGAUUUUUUUCCAAAAGAAAAUGAACAAUGGGCAAAAAGCGUUACUGAAAAUAUGAAAAGUUAUUUGAUUGAAAAACUGGGAGACAACGGUAUAUUAUUGUAUCCUACGUUUAAUUCAGCACAAUAUCAUAAUCAACCAUACUUCAGUCCGUUUAGUUUUGGCUAUUGGGCACUAUUUAAUGUCUUAAAAGUCCCAGUCUGCCAAGUACCAAUGGGUUUGGAUGAAAAAGGAAUGCCAAUCGGCAUUCAGAUGUCGUGA